UUGGCAGAGAGAAACAUUCACAAAACUGCGCUGCACAGGAUACUCUUAAUAGUUUAACAACAUUAUAAAAUGAGAGAGUAAAACUCUAUGAUGAAAUGACAAGGAAGAGAUAAUCAGUUUGUUUAUUCUUUGUAUAACAUGAAUGACAGCGACAAAGCGUCAUAAGACACACGUGUCAGAUGUGAGUUAUUUACAUGUGAAAGGAGCAAUCACCUCUGAGAGUGGAGUUUGAACUCAAAUAUGUAAGGAAUCGUUUAGUUGAGCUGACAGUCUGUGGGCAAGUUGGAUUACUGUUGCCACUCCUGAGAAUGGGAACUACUCCACUGUAUCGUGUGUGUGAAAUAUUUGCAUUCCUCAGUGUAUCUCUGAUUUCCAUCACACCACCUUGCGAUGGAGGAAACAUUCUGGUUUUCCCAGUCGAUGGCAGCCACUGGAUCAAUAUGAAGAUCCUCCUGGAAGAACUUCAUGCCAAGGGACACAACAUCACUGUGAUCAGGGCCACCAACAGCUGGUACAUCCCAGAAAAGUCUCCUCUCUACACAUCUAUUAACCUUGAAAUGGAUCAGAGUAUAGCAACCUUUUUUGAUGUAUUCUUGCAGGAUCAAAUAAAAACACAGAGAGAGGGGGCUUCAGCACUUACUUUCAUCAAACUCAUCAAGAAUUUCCUUUCAAUGAUUUUUGAGGUCCAUGCAAUGUGGUCUGAUGCCCUUGUUCAAAUAUUGGAGGAUGAAAAGAUGAUAAAAAGCUUAAUGGAUUCCAAAUAUGAUCUUGUUCUCACUGACCCAGGCAUUGCACCAGGGGUAAUACUUGCCAAGUAUCUGAAACUGCCCUUGGUGCUCAAUGUUCGCUGGAUCACCAGUGGAGAAGGCCACUUUGUGAUAGCUCCCUCACCACUCUCUUACAUCCCAGUGCCAGGAUCGGGCUUGACGGACAAAAUGGAUUUCAUCCAGAGGAUCAAGAAUAUGUUUUUCUACAGCAUCAUAGUGUUCCAGCAGCAAUUCAUAGUUGGACCAAGCUAUGAUGUCCUCUGUGACAAAUAUAUUGAGGGUGGAUGUGACAUCAUCUCUCUUCUUCAGGAAGCCGACAUUUGGCUGUUCAGGUCAGAUUUUGUGUUUGAUUUCCCGCGACCCACAAUGCCAAAUGUCAUCUACAUAGGAGGGUUCCAGUGCAAACCAGCACAACCUCUGCCAGCAGACCUGGAGGAGUUUGUACAGAGUUCUGGGGACCACGGAGUGAUCAUCAUGACCUUGGGAACUUUGGUUAAUGCUCUACCGAUAGAGAUUGCAGAUGAAAUUGCCAGCGUCUUUGCUGAGUUGCCUCAGAAGGUGAUAUGGAGGCACAAAGGGGAACGUCCAUCUACUUUGGGCAACAACACCCUGAUAGUGGACUGGAUGCCACAGAAGGACCUCCUGGGCCACCCACAGACCAAAGUCUUUGUAGCUCAUGGUGGAACCAAUGGAGUCCAAGAGGCCAUUUACCACGGGGUCCCUGUGCUCGGAAUACCCGUGUUCUUUGACCAGUAUGACAACCUUCUCCGUCUGCAGGAGAGAGGAGCUGGGAAGAUCAUUCAGCUGGGUGAUGUUAAUAGCCACAGUUUUGAGCAAGGUAUCAAAGAUGUACUCCAUCAAGACAGCUACAGAGAGAACAUGCAAAGACUGUCACGUUUGCACAGAGAUCAGCCAAUGGCACCCAUGGAUCAGGGUAUCUUCUGGGUGGAAUAUGUAAUGCGUCACAAAGGUGCUCCGCAUCUGCGUACAGAGUCAUAUAAGAUGCCCUGGUACUCGUACUACUGUUUAGAUGUACUUCUGGUAUUACUGACUGCGGUGACUGUACUGCUGAUUUCUACUUUAGCCAUUUUCAGGUUCCUUUGCUGCAGAAGUAGAAGAAAGAUCAAAACCAAACAACACUAAUUAAGGUCAAAUUUGUUGAGAAAUGUAAUUGACUGUGUAUAAAGCUGGAUGACACAAGACCUUCCCAAAAGUGAAGCCAAGGCAUGUUGAUCGCCUCCUGUUGGUUGGAUCCAGUACAGGUCACAACUCAAUUUCCCUCCAUGUUAGCAGAUAGGAUUUGGGCCACACUAAAACUCAAAGUAAGCAACAAAUACAUUUUCCCAACGAGGAUUUGUGUCAUUUUAUGUAACAUGUUCAAAUGUUCAUUUUGCUGAAAAGUUUGGUUUUGAUUAGUUAUUUGCUGCAAUAAAAAGGAGGUGAAACAA